ACGAGUAAAAAAAAAAUAAAGAAAUCUGUAGUUCUUUUAGGCGUUUGUUGUGUGCAUUGAUAUUUAUAAAAAAAAUCUAAAUUAAAUUAUAAUUUUGACCUAUUUAAUUAUCAAUAUUUUCACAUGAUUUUAUUAUAAUGGAUAAAAUACCCAGGACACAUGAAGCUAUUGAAGCUCAAAUAAGAGAAAUACAGUCUAAAAAAAAUGAGCUCCCAGAAAACGGUGCAAAUAAAGGCGUUUCGCUAGGUGAGACUUAUUAUGACAGCGACAUAUAUGACAAUGCCGGACAAGGGGGUAAAUCAAGGUACGACGGGUAUGUAACAUCGAUUGCGGCCAAUGAUGAAGUAGAAGAUGAAGAUAUUGAAAAUGUGCCAAUUUCACAAAAGAGACCAGGUUACACUGCUCCUGCAUCUUUACUUAAUGAUAUUGCACAGAGUGACAAAGAUUAUGAUCCAUUUGCUGAGAAGCGUAGACCAACAAUUGCAGAUAGGGAAGAUGAGUAUCGUCAAAAGAGGCGUAGGAUGAUUAUAUCUCCAGAACGAAUGGAUCCAUUUGCUGAAGGUGGUAAAACUCCAGAUGUUGGCUCUAGAACUUACACAGAGAUUAUGAAAGAGCAAUAUCUUCGUGCUGAAGAGACAGAGUUAAGAAAAAAACUUCUAGAAAGAGCACGAGAAGGAACUCUUAAGCCUGUUGCACAGCCCAAUGGUGAAGCUAUAAAACCAGCUACUACCAAACGCAAAGGACGUUGGGAUCAAAGUUCCGAUGAUACACCUUCUGUUAAAAAGCCACUGACAGCUACACCCAGUUCCCAAGCCACACCAUCUUGGGAUACAGAGAGAGGUGCAUGGGAGGAAACGCCAGGGGCAGGCGGGCGUGGUGGUGAAACGCCGGGUGCGACUCCGUCGGCACGUGUGUGGGAUGCCACGCCGGGCCACGCCACGCCCGGCCACGCCACGCCCGGCCGCGACACGCCCGCGCACCACGCCAGCAGGCGCAACCGCUGGGACGAGACUCCCAAGACUGACAGAGAGACACCUGGACACAACAGCGGCUGGGCGGAGACGCCACGAACCGACCGCGGCGGCGUGGACACCAUCCAGGAGACUCCAACGCCGGGCACCAAGCGGCGCUCGCGCUGGGACGAGACUCCGGGCGCCACGCCUGCCGCGGCUACACCCACACCCUCGCGCGCCACGCCCUCGCAUGCCACGCCGUCCCACGCCACGCCCUCGCACGCUACGCCCACUCCUGGACACACGCCAGUCUUCACGCCUGGAGGGUCUACUCCAGUGGGUGUAAAGGCUAUGGCUAUGGCCACACCCACACCGGGCCAUGUAGCAGCUAUGACACCAGAGCAGCUGCAAGCAUAUCGCUGGGAAAAGGAAAUAGAUGAGCGUAACAGACCAUAUACUGAUGAAGAACUGGAUGCCAUGUUCCCAGCUGGGUACAAGGUUUUGCCACCACCAGCCGGUUAUGUUCCGAUUCGGACCCCGGCUCGUAAGCUGACCGCAACUCCUACACCCUUGGGUGGUACCCCAAUCGGCUUUUUCAUGCAGACGGAGGAAGUGGGAGGAUCCGCUGCCGCUGCGGCGCGCCUGCUCGAUCCGCAGCCAAAGGGUAGCCAGCAACUGCCCUUCAUGAAGCCGGAAGAUGCUCAGUACUUUGACAAACUGCUCAUUGACGUCGACGAAGACACACUCUCCCCUGAAGAAUUGAAAGAGAGGAAAAUUAUGAAAUUAUUACUUAAAAUUAAGAAUGGAACACCACCUAUGUGCAAAGCUGCUUUACGUCAAAUAACAGAUAAAGCUCGCGAAUUUGGUGCAGGCCCCCUCUUUAAUCAAAUUCUGCCAUUGCUUAUGAGUCCUACUUUGGAAGACCAAGAACGUCACUUGCUAGUUAAAGUAAUUGAUAGGAUUUUAUACAAAUUAGAUGACUUGGUUCGUCCUUAUGUUCACAAGAUCUUGGUCGUAAUUGAGCCCCUUCUAAUUGAUGAAGAUUACUAUGCUCGUGUUGAAGGCAGAGAGAUCAUCUCAAACUUAGCUAAAGCAGCAGGCCUAGCCACUAUGAUAUCUACAAUGAGACCUGACAUUGACAACAUAGAUGAAUAUGUAAGAAACACGACAGCAAGAGCAUUCGCUGUUGUAGCUUCUGCUUUAGGCAUUCCGUCUCUGCUGCCAUUCUUGAAAGCUGUUUGUCGGUCAAAAAAGUCAUGGCAAGCUCGUCAUACUGGAAUAAAAAUUGUACAACAGAUUGCUAUUCUGAUGGGAUGUGCUAUACUGCCUCAUCUCAAAUCUCUUGUGGAGAUCAUUGAACAUGGAUUGGUUGAUGAACAACAAAAAGUGCGUACUAUCACAGCCUUGGCGAGUGCUGCCCUUGCGGAAGCCGCCACCCCGUAUGGUAUUGAAUCUUUCGAUUCUGUUCUGAAACCUCUUUGGAAAGGUAUUAGAACCCAUCGUGGUAAAGGGUUGGCAGCUUUUUUGAAAGCAAUUGGAUAUCUUAUCCCUCUUAUGGAUGCUGAAUAUGCUAACUAUUAUACACGUGAAGUGAUGCUUAUUCUCAUCCGUGAGUUCCAGUCGCCUGAUGAGGAAAUGAAAAAGAUUGUAUUAAAGGUAGUAAAACAAUGCUGUGGCACUGAUGGUGUAGAGCCGCAAUACAUAAUGGACGAAAUUCUGCCACAUUUCUUCAAACAUUUCUGGAAUCAUCGUAUGGCUCUCGAUAGACGCAACUAUCGACAACUUGUCGACACCACUGUUGAGAUUGCUAACAAAGUCGGUGCUUCUGAAAUAAUAAACAGAAUAGUUGAUGACUUGAAAGACGAUAAUGAACAGUACAGAAAAAUGGUAAUGGAGUCCAUUGAGAAAAUUCUCGCAAACUUGGGAGCUGCUGACAUUGAUUCAAAACUUGAGGAAGCUCUUAUUGAUGGUAUCCUUUACGCAUUCCAAGAACAGACUACAGAGGAUGUAGUGAUGUUAAACGGUUUCGGAACAAUCGUGAAUCAACUGGGCAAACGGGUGAAGCCCUAUCUGCCACAGAUAUGUGGUAUUAUUUUAUGGCGCAUGAAUAAUAAAUCUGCCAAAGUACGUCAACAAGCGGCGGAUCUUAUUUCUAGAAUUGCUGUUGUAAUGAAAACUUGUCAAGAGGAAAAAUUAAUGGGACAUCUUGGUGUAGUUCUCUAUGAAUAUUUGGGUGAAGAAUACCCUGAAGUCCUUGGAUCGAUACUGGGCGCACUUAAGGCUAUUGUGAAUGUAAUCGGUAUGACAAAAAUGACGCCACCCAUCAAAGAUCUUCUUCCGAGGCUAACACCUAUAUUGAAAAACAGGCAUGAAAAAGUACAAGAAAAUUGCAUAGACUUAGUUGGGCGUAUUGCAGAUAGAGGACCAGAAUUUGUAUCUGCUAGGGAAUGGAUGAGGAUAUGCUUUGAAUUGUUGGAACUCCUUAAAGCACAUAAGAAAGCUAUUCGACGAGCUACUGUAAACACAUUUGGAUACAUUGCCAAAGCUAUUGGUCCUCAUGAUGUUUUGGCCACACUGUUAAAUAAUUUGAAGGUUCAAGAGCGACAGAACAGAGUAUGCACUACAGUUGCUAUCGCCAUUGUUGCGGAGACCUGUUCACCUUUCACAGUACUACCUGCUUUAAUGAACGAAUAUAGAGUUCCUGAGUUGAAUGUACAGAAUGGAGUGUUGAAGUCAUUAUCAUUCUUGUUUGAGUACAUUGGUGAAAUGGGCAAAGACUACAUUUAUGCCGUUUGCCCAUUACUUGAAGACGCUCUUAUGGAUAGAGAUCUUGUGCAUCGGCAAACUGCGUGUGCCGCUAUCAAGCACAUGGCGCUCGGCGUGUACGGGUUUGGAUGUGAAGAUGCCCUUGUACAUUUAUUGAAUCAUGUAUGGCCCAACAUUUUUGAAACAUCACCACAUCUCGUGCAAGCAUUUAUGGAUGCCGUGGAGGGCAUGCGGGUAGCCCUCGGACCCGUUAAAAUCCUUCAGUAUGCAUUACAGGGUUUAUUCCAUCCUGCAAGAAAAGUUCGCGACGUCUACUGGAAGAUCUAUAACACUCUUUAUAUUGGAGGACAAGACGCGUUAGUAGCUGGAUAUCCGAGGAUAUUAAAUGAUCCCAACAACCAUUUCUUAAGAUAUGAAUUAGAUUAUUUGUUGUAACGCAAUUAUUACACAAGUGUAUUACAAUUUAUAAUUUGUUAUUAAGUUAAUGUCAGUUUUUUUUUUUUCCGAGAUAUCCUUGUAAUAGAGUUCUUAACUUUUUAGUAUUACAUAUAGAUUAAAGUAAAUAUUGUCAGUCGAGUGUAUUUAUUGUAAGCAACAAGUAACUGAAUUUUUGUUAAAAGCCGCGUCAAAAGAAGCUGGUGUAAUAAAUAAAUCCGAUUUAUAUUUUGA